UUUACUAGUUCAAUUUUUUGUUAAGUGUAUUUAUGGAAUAAGCUUUCGUGUUUCCCUUGGAUUACGGAAUUAACUAUUGAGUAAAUUUGUUUUACUAUUCACAUAUAUAUGGCCUAAAAGUAUGAGAAACCCAUUGAUUGUGGACAAUCCUGCGUUCACGAUUAUGCAAUAAUUGUAGCAUUUUAAUGGGCUGAACUUUUUGUUUUAUUUUUGACAUCAAUUUAUAGUAUUUGUCAGCGGAUUGCGGUUAUUCUUGUAUUUGACAUCAGAUUCUCAAACUAUCUCCCAUUUUUCUAUGUAGACCAUUGAGGUUGGAGUUAACUCCUGAAGAAGAAAUUGUUGCUUCAAUGCAUAUGGACACAAUUAGGAAAAAUGGAUUUGCAUUGGAAGAGGACCCACAAGCUCUGACAGGGCAACGUUUUAAACUCAAAGCUGUUCCCUUCAGUAAAAACAUAACUUUUGGAGUUGAAGAUGUGAAGGACCUGAUUUCAUCUCUUUCUGAUAGUGAAGGGGAAUGUUCAAUUAUCAGUGCUUACAAAAUGGACAGUGCUGAUUCUGUUUGCCCAUCUAGAGUUCGUGCAAUGCUGGCUUCCCGUGCAUGCAGAUCAUCUGUUAUGAUUGGAGAUGCGCUAGGAAGAAAUGAGAUGCAGAAGAUCCUUGGGCAUCUGGUAGGCCUGAAGUCUCCUUGGAAUUGCCCACAUGGCCGUCCAACCAUGCGUCAUUUGGUUGAUUUGGCAACCAUCCGCAAAACUUACAAUGAAAAUGAUGCAAACUGUUGAUGAACCUUUUGGCUACUGCUGUCUGCUGGACUUGGCUUAGCCUUAAUAUAUGAAUGGUUCCUUUUUGGUUAUAUUUAUAUUGUAGGAGUUCUCUUUUAUUAUGUUUUCAAGGAAUUUAACUAAUUCAUGUAAGCAAUAUCCAACCAAUUAUGGGCUUAAAUGUAUAUGUGACAUCACCUAUUUGUACAUUGAGAUGUAUAUAUAGAAGUUUUUUGUUUUAGCAA